AUGUCCAAAAUCGACUCACCUCCAUCUACCCUUCCCCUCCCUCGCAUCCUCUGCCUCCCCGGCGGCGGCCUCAACGCGCACAUCUUCAAACUCCAAAUGCGCCUUUUCACCGCCUGCCUCGCCCCCCACUUCCGCCUCGUCUUCGUCAACGCCCCUUUCGAAAGCGAAGUGCACCACGCCGCCAAACCCGUCUUCGACAACAUGGGCCCGUACACCCGUUGGUUUCGCUGGGAGAAACAUCAUCCUGUCGUUGAUAAGACCGCUGCCGUCGAUGACAUUGAAGACGCGAUGAUGAGCGCCAUGGUCAAUGAUGCGGGCAGUGGGGAGUGGGUCGGAUUGUUGGGGUUCAGUCAGGGUGCUGCUGUGGCAGCGAGUAUUCUACUCGAGAACCAGGUGCGGAGGAGGACGGGGAGUUUUGCCUGGAGCUUUGCGGGGGAGUGGUGGAAAUUCGGCAUCUUUAUUGCUGGUUAUGCCAGGCCGGCGAGUUUGAGUGUAGACACUGAGGGAAGCGGAAGCUUCACGGAUCCAGGGAGCAUGUUGAUCCCGCCUCCUGAGGGAAGUAAAGAGAGGAUUGAGAGCAAUGGGGAGAGAUUAGAGUGUCCCACCUUCCAUGUAAGCGGGACGAGGGAUCCGGAUGUGAGGUGGCAUUGGUGUUUGUUCAAGGACUAUUGCGCGGAGGGGACGGCGAGGUUGUAUGAAUUUGAUGAUGGACAUCGGGUGCCUUUUAGGACGAAGGAUGUUGAGGCGGUGUUGGAGGGGAUUCUGGAGGUUGCUGAGGCGGCGAAGUCACGGCCUUGGCCGUUGUUGCCGACUCCUGAUGAUUCGGGUGAUGAGGCUAAGGUAUAA